GACUGUUACUAAAAAUAACUGUGACAAAAUCUUAGCCUUAGUCAUGAUCUGUUGAACAUUACUAUCCUGUUGAAUUAUAUGUGUUACUAUUGUAUCUGAAAUUAUGAAGCUUUGCUAUGUGUGUGUUACUGAAAUAUGUUGAGUCUGGGAGCCGCCCAUAGCUGGCCUUUCGAUGGCAACAAAGCCAACACCCUCAAGAUAGAUUUACAACAGAACUAGCUGGCCAUCUGUUGAUGGCCCAUUAAGGAGAAUCCAUUCUCCCAUUGGGACCUUCCCAAGGCACCUAGACAAUGGGGAUUGCUUAACCCAGUGACUCAGCAGGGGACACAGAACAUGUGAUCCCUGACUUGUUUGAAACAAUAUCUUUCCAUGCACAUGGAUUGGGAUGUAUAAACUGGAGUCUGUGACAUCAGCUCCUGGCCUCUCUCCUCCCCCACCUACUCUGAAGGCAACAAGAAUGUUUGGAAGAAAAGACUUUGAACUGAGAAGAUUCCUAGCUGAGCAAAGAAUUCAGCCUUUGCCACCUGCAACAUCCAGUGGGAUGCUGAUACUGCUUUCAAAAUGGUGGCAGGAGCAAGAUCGGGAGUAGUUGAGUGCUGCAAAAAGCAUCAAGAAAUACCCCUGGCAAAUGACUUAAGUUGGCUUGUGCACGGAAAGGCUGAAUUUUCCUCUUUGACUCCUCUACAAUCCCAACGUUUGAUCAGGCCAGUCAAAGCAGCAGACUCUGUGCAGAUGGAUUUCAUUGCUGGAGCCAUUGGAGGUGGCUUAAGUGUUGCUGUGGGUUAUCCACUGGAUACAGUAAAGGUGAGAAUUCAGACAGAGAGGACCUAUAAUGGAAUUUGGCACUGCAUUCGAGAAACAUACAAAGCAGAGAAAGCAUGGGGAUUUUACAAAGGCAUGUCACUGUCAGUCUCCACAGUGUCGCUUGUUUCUUCUUUUUCAUUUGGGGCAUACAGAAACUUCCUUUAUAACAUCUGCAGAUUAAGAUAUGGCACUUCAGACGUGAAGCCAUCAAAGGUGGAUAUUUCUGUUGCUGGAUGUGCUACUGGUGCUGUUCGGGUGGUGCUAAUAUCGCCUACCGAAACAGCUAAAGUUCGAAUGCAAACUCAGAAGCAAUCACAUUACUCAGUUACAGCUUCUCACCUCUCCAAGCCAAAGUAUCAAGGACCUGUGCAUUGUCUGAGGAUGAUAGCAAAGGAGGAAGGUUUUGGGGGUCUAUACAAAGGUUGUUCUGCAUUACUGUGCAGGGACUGCCACUCAUUUGCAACAUAUUUCCUAACCUAUAAUAUCCUGUGUGAUUGGUUUACUCCAGCUGGAAAAAAUAAACCAGACAUACUGACUGUGCUUAUUUCUGGUGGCUCUGCUGGAGUGUUUGGGUGGGCCGUAGCUACUCCUAUGGAUGUAAUUAAAUCACGGAUGCAAGUAGAUAACUUGGGCCAGCGCAAGUACAGAGGACUUAUACACUGCAUCCGAGUCAGUGUGAAAGAAGAAGGAAUAAGAGUUCUUUUCAAAGGACUUGGAUUAAACUGCAUUCGUGCUUUUCCAGUGAACAUGGUGGUGUUUGUAACAUACGAAGGCGUAAUGAGACUUGCAGAACAUCUUAUGAAGUAAAAGGAUGUUACAUCAUUCGGUUCUAAGGUGGCUGCUUCCUUUGAGAAGACUUUUCAUAUAACAGAACACUCAAACAACAGUCCACCAACAGAGGUCUUGGGUGAAAUCAGUAGACUUAUGGGGGAGUGAAAUGCAGAAUUGGAGAGAAGUGGCUGAUGACUACUACAUUGUGUCCAUUUAGUUGUCUUGUCGAGUUGUCUCCUACUUUUGAAUAAACUUGAUCUAACUUGUGUA